GUUAUCCUCUUCUCUCAUCUUUUUAUUUCAUAAAAUAUCUGUUGCCUCUUCAGUCUUGCUAGCGGGACCAUGAUAGCAUCAACUCUGCUAUCAGUGGCCGGCGCCGAUGCCGGCGUUGCUGCGAGGUUGUCAUGCGAAAUCCGUCAACUGGGUCAUGCUGAAUCCUCGCAUUGUCCGAAAACCAGGAAGCUCUUCAGCUGCUAUGAUGGAAAGGGUUGCCAUUCGCAGCAGCUCAAGUGUUUUUGGAGGAUUCCCAGCAAUAAUAAUCCAAGUUUGAGGAAGAGAAACUCGCAGUUGAGAUAUGCUUACGGCAAAGAAGCUGAGGACAGCUUUUUCUCGGAUGUGAGGGAAGAUACUGAUGAGAUGUACGAUGAAUUAUUUAAUAAGAAUGGGAAAGUAGUAUUUAGCAGAAAAGACCCGAAACCUGCUACUGCAGAGGUUGAUGAUGAUGCUGACAGCCUUUCAUUUGCCGUGGAAGUGGCAAGGGUUGCAAGUGAGGUUAAGGCAGCAGAUAUAAAGGUCUUGUUUGUGAAGCCACUAGUAUACUGGACUCGAUUUUUUAUCAUAGCUACAGCAUUUUCUCGUCCUCAAAUUGAUGCUAUAGGGUCCAAAAUUAGAGAUAUGGCGGAGAAGAAAUAUGGGAAAAUUCCAUCUGGAGACUUAAAACCCAAUUCAUGGACCCUGCUGGACUUUGGUGACGUUGUUGUCCACAUAUUUCUUCCCCCACAGAGAGCUUUUUACAAUCUGGAGGAGUUCUACGGUAAUGCAACACCAAUUGAACUGCCUUUUGAAAAUCAACCCCCAUUUCGUGGUUGAGCAAAAGAUUUGAUUUCCCUGAAGAGCGAAAAAGCAUUAAGAUGAUGCACACAAUUGAUGGCCAGCUUUGAGAAUCUAUAAUCACGGCCAGUUUUGGUUUGAAGUAUGCUUAUCAUUUUGGGUUUUGCUCUGCUUCCAGCUGGGCGGGGGAUCCCUCAAUGGUGGCAGGGGGAAGAGGAAAACAUAUGCAUUCGGAGGUUUAUUCUGACACUGGAUAUAGAAGUGCUAGUCGAUCCUUGAAAAAACUGUAAUAUGGGGGUUUGCAUAAAGGUUAUUGUUUCUGACUUGGAAUGAAGGUUAUUGUUUGUCACUUGGAGUGAAUAACACCGCACAGAUGAUGCUUUCCUGGCCGAUUUGAUUAAUUUAAGUUGUAUUUGUUCUUUAACGGUUUGUGUGAGCAUUAGGCUGUUAAAAAGACAUAUUAAGCAAUGCCAUCAAAGAUAGUACCAUAUUGUUCUGAUGCUUCACCAUUUUAUUAUAUCUGCAGUUUGUUCUGAAAA